AUGCAACAAAAAGAGAAAUAGGAAUUAAACGAUGAUGAAUAAAAGGAAAUCUAAAAUGAAUAAUUAUAAUAAAUUGUCACCAAAAAAAUUGUUCAAUAUAGCUAAUCAUUAAUUGACUAAUUAAACAAACCUCAUCUAUUUUGGUCAUCUUAGCCUAUGCCCAAUAUCAAUUAGUUGGAUAAAUUAGAGCCUGGUCCCAUUUAAAAGGGAGUAUUGGCUGAAGUCAGAUAGGAUCCAUAUAUGUUAAUUAAUAAUUUUGAAUGGUUUAAUGUUGAUUUAAAAAAUGAUGAAUAAGCUCAAUUAGUUUACACUUUUUUGAAUUAGAAUUAUGUUGAGGAUGAUGAUAAUAUGUUUAGAUUUGAUUAUUCAAUUGAAACUUUAAGGUGGGCAUUAUUACCUCCUGGAUAAUAGGAUAAUUGGGUGGUUGCAGUGAUAAAUAAUUAGUAAAUAGUUGCAUUCAUCUCAGGCAUUCCAGUAACACUCAAUAUUGAAAACGAGUAAAAUAAGGUGAAAAUGACAAACAUUAAUUUUUUAUGUGUCCAUAAAAAUCUAAGGAUGAAUAGAUUAACUCCUGUUUUAAUAAAAGAAAUAACCAGAAGAGUGCACACCUAAAAUAUGUGGUAAGCCGUAUACACAGCAGGAACAGUCCUCCCAACUCCAAUUUCUUAGGCUUCAUAUUACCAUAGAAGUUUGAAUCCAAGGAAGUUGGUUGAAGCUGGAUUUUCAUACUUAUCAGCCAGAUGGACCAUGGCAAGAGAACAAAAAUAUUAUAAAUUACCUGAAGAACCAAAGACUCCAGGACUUAGACCAAUGAAAUAGAAUGAUGUGGCUUAGAUUACAAAGUUAUUAAAUGAAUAUUUAAAAAAUUUUAAGUUAUAUUUUGAAUACACCGAAGAAAAAGUCAACCAUUGGUUCUUACCUAGAAAGGAUGUGAUUACUACCUAUGUUGUAGAAAAUGAAUAAGGCCUCAUUACGGAUUUCUUGUCAUAUUUUAAUUUACCAAGUUCAGUGCUACAAAGACCUCAGCAUACCCACGUGAAAGCGGCAUAUUCCUAUUAUAAUGUUGCAACUUAAACACCUCUUGUUCAGUUAAUGUAGGAUGCAUUGAUUUUAGCAAAGAAUGAAGGAUACGAUGUCUUUAAUGCGUUAGAUAUAAUGGACAAUUAAAAAUUUUUAAAGGAAUUAUUAUUUAAAUAAGGAAAUGGAGAAUUAAGUUAUUAUCUAUACAAUUGGAAAUUAGAAAGCAACAUGCUUCAACCAGAAGAGAUAGGAAUUGUUCUCAUCUGA